GACCGCCGGAGGCGGCGGCGGAGUCGGACGGCGGCCUCCGCAUGGCCCCGCCGUGAGAGGCUGGACCCAGCGCCUGGGAGCAGGAGCGGUCUAGGGGCUAACCAAGAGUAGCCGGCACAGAGUAGAAGCAGUAGCUGCCAUGGAUGAGGAAAAGCUUCCAUCUGUGCUGCCUGGGGAAGAUGGUGCCGCCUGGGACCUCAGCCUGGAGCCUGAGAAGGAGCCUCUGGUCCAGAAUGGAAUGGCAUCCAGUGAAGACCUGAGCAGCAGCCACAGCAGCCAGGGGCACGAGAUACAGGACACUCUGGCAGACACUGAGGAGCAUACAAAGGGCCUAGACGUGGCCCUCCACGGCCUCAGCCUUGGCCUCUCCCUCACCAAUGGCCUAGCCCUGGAGUCAGACUCAAGCAUUCUGGAAGAUUCUGCAGAGUCCAGGCCCUGGAGGGCUGGUGGGCUGGUAGAGGGGGAUGAUGCCUCCAGAAGCCUCUGUCCAGAUUCUGAGGACUCUCAGCUGGGGCUGGGUGGCCCCCGAGAGCCAGAUGUGCGGGACGGCUUCAGUGCCACGUUUGAGAAGAUCGUGGAGUCGGAGCUGCUGCGAGGCACCCAGUACAGCAGCCUGGACUCCCUUGAUGUGCUGAGCCUCACGGAUGAGAGUGACAGCUGCGUCAGCUUCGAGGCCCCCCUCACGCCCCUCAUCCAGCAGCGGGCCCGGGAUAGCCCUGAGCCAGGGGCUGGCUUGGGCAUUGGGGACAUGGGGUCCGAAGGGGACAUGGGAGCAGCUGGUGGUGAUGGGGAUCUGGGCAGCCCCCUGCGGCGCUCCAUCUCCAGCAGCCGCUCGGAGAAUGUCCUCAGCCGUCUGUCUCUCACAGCCUUGCCCAAUGGCUUCCAUGAAGAUGAAUCCCCAGGCCCUGGUGGGGAUGAGGAGGAUGAGGAGGAGGAGGACACGGACAAGUUGCUGAACUCGACCAGCGACCCCAGCCUGAAGGAUGGCCUGUCGGACUCAGACUCAGAGCUGAGCAGCUCAGAGGGGCUAGAGCCUGGCAGCACAGACGUGCUGGCCAACGGGGGCCAGGGCGUCAGUGAAGCUGCCCACCGGCUGGCGCGCCGCCUCUACCACCUGGAGGGCUUCCAGCGCUGCGACGUCGCCCGGCAGCUGGGCAAGAACAACGAGUUCAGCAGGCUGGUGGCCGGGGAGUACCUCAGCUUCUUUGACUUCUCGGGCCUGACUCUGGACCGAGCGCUCAGAACCUUCCUGAAGGCCUUCCCGCUGAUGGGGGAGACGCAGGAGCGCGAGCGAGUCCUUACGCACUUCUCCCGCCGGUACUGCCAGUGCAACCCUGAUGACAGCACUUCGGAAGAUGGGAUCCAUACGCUCACCUGUGCCCUGAUGCUGCUCAACACAGACCUGCAUGGACAUAACAUUGGCAAGAAGAUGUCCUGCCAGCAGUUUAUUGCCAACUUGGACCAGCUGAAUGAUGGCCAAGACUUUGCCAAAGACCUGCUGAAGACCCUUUAUAACUCCAUCAAGAAUGAAAAGCUGGAAUGGGCCAUUGACGAAGAUGAGCUGAGGAAAUCACUGUCUGAGCUGGUGGAUGACAAGUUUGGGACAGGCACAAAGAAGGUGACACGGAUCCUGGAUGGUAGCAACCCCUUCCUGGAUGUCCCGCAGGCUCUCAGUGCCACCACCUACAAGCAUGGUGUGCUGACCCGGAAGACUCACGCCGACAUGGAUGGCAAGAGGACGCCCCGUGGGAGGCGUGGCUGGAAGAAAUUCUAUGCGGUGCUCAAAGGGACCAUUCUGUACCUGCAGAAGGAUGAGUACAGGCCUGACAAAGCCCUGUCUGAGGGCGACUUGAAGAACGCCAUUCGUGUGCACCACGCUCUGGCCACCAGGGCCUCUGAUUACAGCAAGAAGUCCAAUGUGCUUAAGCUGAAGACGGCAGACUGGAGGGUUUUCCUCUUCCAGGCUCCGAGCAAAGAAGAGAUGCUGUCCUGGAUCCUUAGGAUCAACCUGGUGGCGGCCAUCUUCUCAGCCCCCGCUUUCCCUGCUGCCGUCAGCUCCAUGAAGAAGUUCUGUCGGCCCCUGCUGCCCUCCUGCACCACUCGCCUCUGCCAGGAGGAGCAGCUGCGCUCUCAUGAGAAUAAGCUGAGGCAGGUGACUGCAGAGCUGGCUGAGCACAGGGGUCACCCGGUCGAGCGGGGCAUCAAGUCCAAGGAGGCCGAGGAGAACCGGCUGAAGGAGCAUUAUCUCACAUUCGAGAAAAGCCGUUAUGAGACCUAUAUCCACCUCCUGGCUGUGAAAAUCAAAGUGGGCUCAGAUGACCUGGAGCGGAUUGAGGCCCGGCUAGCCACCCUGGAAGGGGAUGACCCUUCUCUCCGCAAGACACACUCAAGCCCUGCCCUCAGCCAGGGCCAUGGCACUGUGACUGGCAGCAAAGCCACAAAGGAUACCACUGGGGCUGAUACUUAGCUGGCGUGGAUGAGCAGGCCCCAGAGGCAGGCA